GCUAUCUUCUCUAUUCAACUACCGUCUAUGACAACUUCUAGUAACCUUGAAACGCACCUAUUCUUCCAGUAGAACUUACAUUCAUUCUGGACACAACCCACGUAGACGAAUACCCGACCACUUUCGACGAAUUAUAAUCCAACUGAAACUCGUAAGCGACCCAUCCCGACAAUUUCAGCAUCUCGACAGACCGCCGACCCCUCGGUACCAUAUCCACAAUCGAACCAAUCCAACUCGCCAAUUGCGACGUGUAUUAUCCAUCUUCUAUCUACGUAUUAUCCAUCCAAAACGCGUCUUGGCGACGUCGUAGAUCAGUCGAAGCGAAAGCAAUCCCCGACCGACUUUUCCGUAGCGUUUCGUGACGAUUCCCCUUAAAGAUAUAACUAUCGCAUAUAUUACCGUAAUCGCGAGCCCUCAACUGUGCAACAAACGCAUCGGGAUCAUUUCCCAGACCUUGUCAAGUCGAAGCGCUUCCAAUAGCACCUUUAAACAGGCCGUGAUCCCCCGAGACUCACAGCGAGGUGCAGUUUGAAGUGCUUUGAACGACGCCAUAUCAUACACACAUGAGUCAUCUACUUUGGAAAUAUUACUGGGAAAAUGACGUCGACAAAUUUCGUCGGCUGCUGGCCCCGGUCAGCUAUUCCCAGAAUCCAUCCAAGGGUCCAGCUACGACAGUAGGCAGUCCCGGCGCAUUCGGGAGUUCUCCACGAGCCACUAAAUCUCGUAAGGCCUCUGGUUUCGGUGCUGGCGUUGGCGCACCCAAGACUGCCGGCAACAGCCUUGGAAAGAGUGAGAUUAAUAGCCGUGACCAUGCGGGGCUGACUAUUCUUCUCCGGGCUGCAUCAUCUACCUCCUCGGACGCCGCCUCUUUCGUUGAGGCCCUUCUCGACCAUCCUGCGAUCGAUAUAUAUGUCCAAGAUUAUGAGAGCGGCUGGAAUGCUUUGCAUAGGGCACUCUAUAAUGGAAAUAUUUCUAUCGCGCGACUACUCCUAGAGAAGGAGCGUAAGGACUUGACAGGCUCUCUCGGCGGUGCUACUGUGACUAGGGUAGCCCAGUUGAUAAAGACGAAGGACCACGAAGGAAAUAGCCCCUUUGAUGUUUACAAUGCGACCAUCGCACUACGUACUCUCAAAGCCUCGGAGGAUCGUGCAAGUUUGGAAGAGGAUGAGUCAGACACAGACGAGGGUUCAAGUAAUGACGACGCCAGACACCACAGUAGAUAUCCUGGCCUUGGCGAAGAAGUGUUCACAUUUGGAAGCAAUAAUAAUCUUACCCUCGGCCUUGGUGAUGAAGAUGACCGACAGUUCCCCGAGCGCAUCUAUCUAAAGCGACCUGAUCAUUUGAUUCAGCAUUUCUACGAUCAAUAUCUUGAGGAGAGGAAGCGUCGAUUCAAUACGGAUGAUUCUAUGUCUCGUGAUAUGUCAGAGGUCCCCUCGUUAAUCCAAAACCGCGCCUUAAUAAUCCAAGAUGUCGUACUUUCCAAGCUGCAUAGCGCUGUUCUUACCACCGACCCCAUGUCUAACUUAUACGUCUGUGGUAUUGGACGUGGAGGUCGUUUGGGUCUCGGUGAUGAGAAUACCAGGUUCAAUUUUAUGCCUGUUCAAGGCGGUUUGUCUGAUAGGAAGGUUGUCCAAAUAUCUCUUGGGCAGAAUCACUCGAUGGCCGUAACUAGUACAGGCGAACUUUGGACCUGGGGUUUGAAUACGUAUUCACAACUCGGGUUUGCCUUGCCCCCUCCUACAAAACCUGACGAGGAACCCAUGAGUUCGAUUCCUCGACAGGUAUUUGGCCCGUUGAAGAAGGAAUUCAUACUUGGAGCUGCAGCUUCUGCCAUCCACUCGGUGGCACAUACAGGCUCUUCAUUAUUCUGUUGGGGUAAAAAUGUAGGUCAACUCGCCUUAAUGGAUGCGGAUUCAAGGUCUCUCGAGGUUCAGACUAUACCCAGGAAGGUUGCCGCAACUCUUCUAUCUAAUCAUUCUUCCAUUGUCACAGUGUCGGCUAUCGAGAAAGCGACAUCUUGCCUAUUUGAGGAUCACACUGUCUGCGUCUUCACAAGCUACGGCUACAACAUGAUUAAAUUCCCUACGUACGACCCUUUUACAAGCUCGCCGCUCCAACGCUCAGUGCAGCUUUCUACAUCUUCGCGCUACGACUCUGGUCGUCGUGAAAUACAUCAUAUUACCUCUGGAGGAGAGACGAUAGCGGCAGUGACAGGAAAUGGCGACCUAUUCACAAUGAUGGUCAGCCAUAAAUCCGAUGGCAACCAGCCCGCUACAUCUACAACCAACCCAUCAAAGAUCAAGGAUGCUGUGACAACACCGCAAUGUAUCUGGAGCUCUAGAAAGGAUGCUGUCAAAUCCGUCACCGUUGGAGAAAACGGUUCUGUCAUGCUCUCUACUCAGUCAGGGGCAGUUUGGCGGCGCGUCAAGCGAACGAAAGCUAAAGAUACCAAGGCGCCCACGGCAGCAGACUCUAAGCGCAAAGACUUCAAAUUUCAGCGAGUCCCAUAUAUUACGGAUAUUGUCGCCGUCAGAAGCUCUGCGUUCGGUGCGUAUGCCGCGAUCCGAAAGGACUGCGACGUGACAAGGGAACAGAUCGAGAUCGACGAACCAACAUUGUGGCAAGACAUCGCCCCUCUAUUUCCCUUCUUGGGAUUCAAGGCCUCGAAUCAUAAGAUAAGAGAGAAUAAGGACACGUGGAAAUUCCAUGAUCCUGAGGUGCUAAAGGGUCGAGUUGAUACACUUGCAUACGAGGUGUUAACAUCGACUGAUCUUGAAGAAGACCUUCAAACGCACCUUCAAAAUUGGCGUUUCCAGCAUCAGGAUAUCGACACAGUCAUUCGUGCGGCCGCUUACCCGGAGCUAGAAAUUCCUGUACACUCUUGGCUUUUGUCGGCCAGAAGUCCAUUACUUCGAGCUGGGCUACAGCGAUUCAGAGAAACCGGGAAGUACGACGCCGUGGACCUCCUUAACAUCAGCGAAUGCAAUAACAUCACAGUCGUGGAGCUUACUGGCAGCGUCGAUCUAAUCACCCUGAUGAAUAUUGUCGUCUACAUAUACCGUGAUAGGGUUAUCCCAGCUUGGAACUUCACUCGGCAAUCAAAACCCCUUGCAUAUAGAUAUCGCCAAAUCCGCGCAGAGGUUAUGAAAAUAGCUACAAAGCUAGGAAUGAACGCUUUGGAGGCCGCUGCCAGACUCCAGAGCUCACCACCACGCUCUAUGAAUAUGGACUUCAAGAAAGCUAUCGAAGACCCGGCCUUUUUUGAGGACGGUGACGCCGUGCUGGAAUUAGAUGGUGACGAGAUCCCUAUUCAUAGUGCCAUGCUUUGCCAGAGAUGCCCAUGGUUCAAGGGCCUGUUCAACGGCCGUUCCCGUGGAUUCUGGUUGGAGAGUCGUCGUGCAGCACUGAAAGAUUCUGACCGUAUUAAGAUUGAUAUGAAGCACAUGGAUCCAGAGUCGUUCCAUUACGUGCUUCAGCACUUGUACGCGGACAUUGGCGAAGAGCUCUUCGAUGAUGUAGUUGCAGAGAAUGUCGAUGAGUUCUCCGAGUUAGUCAUGGAUGUCCUGAGUAUUGCGAACGAGCUCAUGCUGGAUCGUCUGUCUCAAAUAUGCCAGAAGGUUAUUGGUCGUUUCGUCACUACUCGAAAUAUUUCAAAUUUGCUUAAUGCUAUCAGUCCAUGUUCUGUGACCGAGUUUAAAGAUAAGGGGUUGGAAUAUAUCUGCCUCCAAAUGGAGUCAAUGCUUGAAAAUCAUCUACUUGACGACCUGGACGAAGAUCUUCUAGUAGAACUUGACGAAGUUGUCAGGGACAAUCAGCUAGCUAGAUGCCCCUUUGCGCGAAGCGGAAGGGCUGAUCUACUACUCCAUGAGCGUAACCCCCAACUAGCUUAUGAUAUUAAUGAUGAAAGACAGAGACGAGUGAGAGAAAUGGCUUUCAGGGUUUCCCAGAGGGAAGAAGAAAAGAAAUUGUCGUCUUCGUUGAAGACACGUGUGGGAAGUUUGGACGAAUCAUUUGGUACUUCUUCAAUGCCAGAUCGAUCUAGAAGAAAAUCAAAGGCGGUUCAAAACGAGCCCUUCACUCCCGAGCUUCGACCCAAGGACUCGCAUGCGGACCUAAUCUUUGCUAUGGACGAAGAAGAAUCCCGUAGUGGCACAAGCCCCAUUUCUCCGAGCCCCAAACCACUGCAAUCCAGCGAACGAACCGAUUUAGACCAAUUAUCUACACUUGCUGGCCCUUGGCGAGAUUCUAAAGGGAAGGUUGUUAAAGACUCUGUCUCGCCAGUUAUGACUCCCCCGACUUCUACAUCACAAUCGGACUUUGCUGCCACUAACUCACACAUCAACCCUAUCAUAAAACGUGUUCCACCUGGAGGUAACCCAUGGGGACCUUCAGCACUCCCAACAUCACGUUUAGACCUUAGUGAGAUACUGGCCGAGUCUCGACCCGUUCAAUCAGCGCUUUCUGCAGGCUUAGCAGCCGAGAGGAAAGAGCUAGGCAGCAAGAAUGCGUCGCAAAAGAUAUCUCAAAAGGAGAGGAAAAGGCAAUUACAACAACAGCAAGCAGAACAAGCAGCUCGACAAGAGUCCCAGUCCCAACAAUCACCAUGGACGAAGGCCGGAGAGAAGAAGGAAUCUCCUUGGCAAAAAGCUCCACUCGCUUCGAAGACGGCCUUAGCGGAUACUUUUGAUUCUCCAGCGGGUCCGUCAGCGAGUCUCCCCAAACCGAAAGCACUCCUUGCGCCGGAGGAUUCUUCCGAGAAUUCAAUACCACGACGUACGGCGUCCCCAGAUACCAGAUUUUCGGGCCAGAGAACCAAUAGUGGCACGCGAGCAUCCACGUCUACUUCCCAGUCCAAUCCGCAGCAACUAACCCCGCAUUCGAAGUCUUACAUCAAGCGAACACCCAAGCCAGAGCAAGAGAUGGGUCUCGGUCUAGCUGACAUCAUUGGCGAGCAGCGGCGUGAGCAGGAAGUUGUACGCGAAGCAGUUGCUAAACGCAGUCUACAGGAGAUUCAACAAGAGCAAGCCUUCCAGGAAUGGUGGGAUCAAGAGAGCCGACGCAUGCAAGAAGAGGAAGCAAGGCGGACGGCGCGUGAAGAGGGUAAGGACAAGAAGAAAGAUCACGGUGGCGGACGAAGGAGUAACCGCAAUAACAAGUCGAAAGGAGGCGGUACUAAUAAUCGUGGCGGCGGGGCUCCUGGCAGUAGUAGCGCUACUACAGAUGCAGGACCUAGUUCUAGUUCCAGAGGGCGAGGACGCGGGUAUAGGGGAAGGGCGACAUGAUAUACGAGACUACAGCUCGGACCAGCUUAAGUCGACGAGCGCGUCUCAAAUCUCAUGUGCGGAGUUUCGGCAACACAGCAUCGGAGGCAUUAUGUAUAUAUUCGUAGGGGUUUAUUAGCUCUCGCACACUGCUUGCUUCUGUUGGCUCUGUACAUAUUUCGAACCGAAGAAUCACGGCUCAAUCCACUUUCGAUGUUCAACUUUCAA